AUGUCUGGGAGAUGCUUCAUCAUAAACACAAAAAGAAAACGCCUAUCACUUUUCGAAGCUCAACAAGCUUGCCGCAAGGAGGGUGGAUAUCUAGCAUCUAACAUUGACUCGUCUAUGGAUGCUGAAUUAUCGAGACAGGUUGUACGGCAAAGUAAAGAUGAUGACGCUUUUUGGAUUGAUUUGAAAAUUACUGAUAAAGGAGUUCCAUUGUGGAGCGAUGGGAGCGCUCUUACUUAUAGGUAAGU